GCUGAGCUCUGUGGAAGCAGCUGGGACAUUGCGGUCUCUGCUUGUAGUAAUAUACAGGGAGGAAGUCAAUGAAAUCAUACUCAGAAUUUAUAGAAAAGACUGGCACCAGGAAGGCUUUAUGUGCUCCGAGCCGCUGGACUUCCGACUGUUUAGAGAGUCUGCUGGUGCUAUACAGUUGAUUGCUUGAUUGCAAAUAUGGGUGUGAUCGGGGUGCAGCUGGUGGUUACCAUGGUAAUGGCCAGUGUCAUUCAGAAAAUCAUACCUCACUAUUCGUUUGCCCGCUGGCUGCUCUGCAGUGGAAGUUUGCGGUGGUAUCAGCAUCCUACAGAAGAUGAGCUGAGGAGUCUUGCUGGGAAGCAACAAAAGGGAAAAAACAAGAAAGACAGGAAGUACAAUGGACACAUAGAAAACAAACCGCUGACCGUCCCGAAAGAUAUAGAUCUGCAGCUAGAAACAAAGUCCAUUGCUGAAGUGGAUACCCUGGCUCUGCACUACUUUCCUGAGUACCAGUGGUUGGUGGAUUUCACCAUUGCUGCUACUGUCGUGUACCUCAUUACUGAAUUCUACUAUAGCCUGGUGGCUCCCUCUAAUGAAAUGAACAUCAGUGUAGUGUGGUGUCUGCUGGUCCUGGCCUUUGUAAUAAAGGUCCUCUUCUCAUUGACUGCUCACUACUUUAAAGGGGAGGAAGGAGGAGAGCGAUCCCUCUGCAUCACAUUUGCAUUUUUCUUCUUUGUAAAAGCCAUGGCCAUCCUAAUCAUUACAGAGAACUACCUGGAGUUUGGAUUGGAAACAGGGUUUGCUAAUUUUUCUGAAAGUGCCGUGCAGUUUCUUGAAAAGCAAGGUCUGGACUCCCAGGGCCCUAUAUCCAAGCUAACGUUCAAACUCUUCCUGGCUUUGCUGUGCUCUCUGAUCGGUGCUUUCUUAACAUUUCCUGGCUUGCGUUUAGCUCAGAUGCACCUGGAUGCAUUGAAUCUGGCAACAGAAAAAGUAACACAGACUUUACUACAUAUCAACUUUUUGGCUCCUUUAAUUAUGGUACUGCUGUGGGUGAAGCCUAUAACCAAGGACUACAUAAUGAACCCAACGCUGGGUAAAGAAAGUGUACCGUUAAUGACAGAGGCCACCUUCGACACCCUGCGCUUGUGGGUCAUUAUCCUGCUGUGCUUGCUGAGGCUGGGCCUGAUACGCCACCACCUCCAGGCAUACCUGAACCUGGCCCAGAAGUGUGUGGAGCAAAUGAAGAAGGAGGCUGGGAGAAUCAGCACUGUCGACCUGCAGAAAAUGGUUGCUCGUGUGUUUUAUUAUCUGUGUGUGAUAGCCCUUCAGUAUAUGGCGCCUCUGGUGAUGUUGCUUCACACAACGCUGCUGCUAAAAACGCUAGGUGAUCACUCCUGGGGUGUUUACUCUGAACCUGAGGGGCCGAUACACCCUGAUCAAAUGCCUGCUCCCUCCCUGCCACUUGCAGCUCCUGAAAACACAAAGGUCUCUGUGGCACAAAUAACAAUGGCGCUAGGGAGCCUUAGGAACGUUUUCACUCCACUGCUGUUCCGUGGCCUUCUUUCCUUCCUCACCUGGUGGAUCGCUGCCUGCUUGUUUUCUACCAGUCUCUUCGGGCUGUUUUACCAUCAGUACCUAACUGCUGCAUAACAACAUGAUUCCUGGAAACUUCAAAAGCAAGAAUUGAAAGGUCCCAGGUAGCAGAAGAGGUGGAGACAGAGGAGCUCUGUAAAACAAAAAACAAAAACAAAAAACAAAAAUAAUAAUCACAAUUAUACCUGCGGUCACAGCAUAUCAGUAGAUUACCUUUUUCAAUGCUUCCUAUAACAUUUUUAGUGUGGAAAAAACAAAACGUUAAGAAAAAAAUUAUGUUGAGAUGAAGGUAACAAUGCUGAUUUCAAACAGAGACCAGCGAGCAAGUGAACAACGUGUCUCUAUUGGGCCUUUUUGUUUCGAGAUUGAUUGCCUGCGUAAAAAAAUAUAUAUAUAAAAAGAAUACCAUGUUGUGAUCACUUGACACCUGUUAGGGCCUCUCUAGAUACAGUUUAUACAGGUUCUGCAGAACUUAAACAGGUAUAUAUUGUUGGAAUGCAAACAACGUUUUUAAUGUUACACCUUGAUUUUUUUAUUAUUGUUAUUGUAUGUAUUUAUUUACAGUAGAAACUGAGCCAUAUUUAACAAAUCAUAUAUGUUUCUGUUGGAAUGAAGAUUGUACUUUUCACAACUAUGUGGAGAUUCAUCCAACAGUGCUGGCGUUUAAUACUACUGUAUAUUACAGUACAGCAAGAAGCCGUGAGCCCUGGAGCGUGUGUGUCUGAAGGUGAGACUUUUUCACAUCGGUGUAUGCAAGCAUGACUGCUGCCAGUUGAAGCAGUGUAACAGUAAUACAAUGAAGUGCGUUUUGACUGUGGUAAUGGCCAUAAACUGAAGGGUGCGUUGUUAUGAUAAGCUGCAGUGUCACAUUUUAAAAUGUAUGGAGUACUAAUCCUCAAGAGACGGUCCUCUCAUACGGUCUAGUCUUUUCCUUUGCUUCAUAAUAAGUCCUGCACUUUUAGAAUGAGGGUAACCAUAGGGGUUUUGGUUGUGUUUUUUUUAUUUUUUCUUAUAUAAUGGCAUUAGAUUCCUUUUACUGAAGUGGCUGUGGUAGUCCCAGAAUAAGCCCAGGUCAUUAAAUAGCACAUCCAGUCCUUGUACUUCUUGUGUUGGGGAGCAUGAGCAAUUUAUGAUGCCGUUUUGACAAAAUGUUUGAACUGCCAUUGAAGGUGACUUGACUUGUUUCUGUAGUACAAUAACAAGCAGGUGCAUUUGUUUUGUUCUUCCUGAGAAGGAACCUUUUUAUUGAUGAUGCAGCAUUUUUAUAAGGAAAAGGUUUCAGAACGUACACACAACUUUCUAUGUAGAACCUUAGAGCCUUCCUUUCUACAUCAUUUCGAUAAGUAUUCAAUGAGCUGCUUUUUACUAACUUAGUGUAGCUUGUAACAAAAUGUAUGCAUCCUCUAGUACAUUUGUUUUUUGCGCUGGCAUUAUCUAAAAGAGCUUUGAAUUUAGCAGUAAACCUGGCUGGCAUAUAAUUUUUUUUUUUUUUUUUUUUAAAUACUGUACAAUACUGGACACACAUGUCCUUUGCAUCACUGAACAGCUAAACUGUUCAUUUCACACCACUUGUUUCAUGGUUUACAUAAAGGAUUAUUUGGCAUUCGUUAAAAAAAAAAGUGUCUACUGUAACCAAUCACCAUAUCCACAAAAACAUUCCAAACUGUGCAAUGCAGCUCUUAAGGAAAUGCACCACUGUUGCUGCACAAACACUGUCAUGUCUUAAAUGGACAAAGAUGGAAAUUGUGCCUCAAUUCUGGCUACUGGGGGCCCUUAUUUCCAAAACUUUUUUUAACCGAUUGCCUAAUUUAAAUUAUUUACCAUGAUAAAAUCAGAUCUGAAUUUAAACAUGAGCUGUUUUUUUUUGUUUGUUUGUUUUGUUUUGUUGUGUUUUUUUUUUUUUUUAAAUCCAAGUCAUUCUACACAGAUCUUUUGUAGACCUAGCAACAGCAGUAAUUAUGUAAGCAUUUUGUAAGCAUUGUUUUAAUGUCGCAUAUUAUUUGUUCACUCGCUGGGAUGUUUUUUUACAGCACAGGAUAAAGUAGUGUUGGUUUUAUACUUGUAAUUCUAGUAUUUAAGUGUUAUUUAGUUUAAGUAAUUUCUUUGGUUUAGGAAAAGGAAUGAACACGUGAUUUAGAUUGAACAAUCCGAGCACCUGAUGUCUGUUUACUGUGACAAACCAGCCACUUGUUUGAAAUCUUUUAGUAUUCAUGUUAUGAAGUAUUAAUCGUGGAUAAAUGCAUAUCGUUUCACCUACCCGCAUCUAGAUUUUAAAAGCAACAUGGCAAGUCUGCUGAUUCGUAAACGACUGCUGAGUAUGAGUUUGAACAUCAAGGAGCAACGCACAAGUGGCAAGUGGCAUGCCAUGUUUGAUAUCCCUUAUACAAGUAUUAUCAUAGGUAAGCAUUGUUAGGUGCAGAAGUAUGGUAAAACAUUUUUAAAAGCCUGGUAAACUGAUAAAUGAAUAGUGUGCCCAUGGGUACAGUGCAAAAUGUUGCCAGUGAACUUUUAUAAGGGUUGGGACCAUGCACAAGUGCAGUGGUUCUCAAUCUUGAGUCCAGGGACCCGCUGCAUUAUAGGGUUUUAAUUGGGUUGUCUUAAGCUAUCUGGAUGCAGGAGCAGGGUUUGUUUUAAAGACGGAGGACAACCAUUUUAAUAUCUUAUUGAAACCUUGCCCAGUUUUGAAGUGCUGCGAUCAUAGAUAGCUGCCCAUAGACCAAUAAUGAACAAUUUGCUGCUGUUUUUAAACAGUAACGUUUAAUUUAAAUCUUGCAUCCUUGUAUUAACAAGCCUGAUUCCCCCCCCCCCCCCCCCCCCCCUGGUUUGCUGCUAUUCUAUAAAUCUUCCAUCCAAAAAUAUGUUGGCGCACAUGUUGAUUUAAGUGCUCCAUGAAACAAUUAUUACUUUAUUGGACCUCAACCUCUCAACCCACGCAAGUGCCAUCUUUAGGCAGGUUUUUAUAGGUGUCGUCUUAGUUUUCAUUUACGAUAUUGUGGGGUAGGGUGGUUGUUGUUUUCAUAUUUAUUAAAUCUAUUUAAAAAAAUAAAUGUUCAAUUGUUAGAAAAGGAAAUGUAUUCAGGAAGAAAACGAAUGUUGAAAAACAGAAUUAACUUAUUAGGGGCACAUUGCAGUGUACAUGUGGAGCAACAUCUUUUUUUGCACAGCUGUAAAUUAUUUAUUAUAAUUAAUUUAUAAUAAUUAUUAAAGUUUAACUUGUACAACGUCAAUAGUUAAGUAUACCACAUCCAAAAUACAUACUACUGCAAUAGCAAGGCUGCAGCUACAAAAAACCCAUAUUCUACCAUGUCCAGUAUACUAUGAGUCUGGAGUUUUAACUAGAGGAAAAAAAAAAGUAUUAUUAAAAAAGUGUAUUAAUAAAGCGAGAGGAUUUGUGUGUCUACCCGUUUCAUUUGAGAGAUCUCCAUGGUAUGUUGUAUUUUGAUCAUUCAAUAUUUUUAAAAAAGUUUUCCAAUAUUAAGAACUUGACCUGUUGUGCUGUCAAUUACAGUUAAUUGGAUUACUGGUUAAAGCAUACCACACAUUUCUACUGUAUAAAAAAAAUUCCAGCUUCACAACAUUUUGAACAGUGUGCCUUGGAGGAUUCUUCCUUGUUUUUAUUAUUUCUUUAUUCUGCAGAUGUGUGUGGAGGAAUAUAAGGUUUAUAAAUACAAAGGAGUACUAAAUCGUAGCAUCUCCACAUAAUUGCAACUAUUAAGGGACUGGAACCUUAAACACACAUUGUGUGUUUUAAUACUCGUUCACGCUGUCAAGUCUGAAAUUACAGAAAUGAAAACCAAACCAUUGUUGAGCUGCUGCCCUCCACGUUCUGUGCGUAUGGUGCAAAACUAGGAAAAACAACCCCUUGUAACACAUUCUUAUGAAAUGAUUUUGUUAGAGUAAGUAGCAUUUUAUUUGUUUAACAUUUCCUUCGUAUUUUAUGGUGUGUGGUUCUGGGUUCUGUUGCUCCAGUAUUGAGUAGCCAUUUUUCUCUAAAGCUGCCAUUACUUGCUUUGUGCUGGAGCUUGGGAUUCUUAGUGCUAGCACUGGAAUUUCUUCCUCAAAUCAUGUGCCAAUGUUGCCUUUCAAUGAGGUCUGAAGGCUGUUAGCUGCAGGUACCUAGGGUUCUCCAAACAAAAAGGCAGAUUGAAAAUAUAAUUGUAAUAAAAAAAAAAAAAAAAUUAAAGAUUAACUUUUUUUUUCCCAAAAGGGCAGUAGUCCCUUUUUUUGCUAACUGAAGUAUUGCACUCCUUAGGCUUGUGGCCUUAUGUUAAGUUUUAACUGUCUGUCUAGCAUUGUUGAAAUUCUGUGGGUGGUGUGUGGGGGUGUUUUGUGUUUUAAUUUUACAUUUUGCAUGAUUUACUGAAACAAUGUUGGGUUAAGGGGUCAAACAUCUCCACAAAUUAAUAAUACCAAAGAUCAUCACCUCUUUAAAUUAGUGUUUUUUUUUUUUUUUGCUGUUUUUAAAAAUGUUAAACCUUCUGAGCAGUAGAAAAGGAAUAAGAUGUAUUGGCAAAGAAGCAAAAACAAAGCAAAUCUGUAAAUGGGUUUUCUUUCCUUUCUUUUAUUUUUCUUUUAGCAUGCCUUGUAUUCUUGUGAAUUGAUUCAAAUAAGAAAUGUUUGUUCUUUUUAUUUGUUCCAGUAAAUAUGUUAACCAACAAUACUUUUAACUGUUUGAUUAUUUCUACUGAACUGCAAAUUAAUAAUUUUGUACCAUACUGUUGUCUGGAGCUCCUGUAAAUGUACAUAUUCUAAAGUAAAUUAAAGUGAUUUUUUAAUUUA